GCAUCAGCAGCAUCACUAUAUAACCUGAGCAUCCACCGCGCGCCCAGUCACAAUACUCCCAAGGACCUGUCACGCACCCAGAGGGGCAUGAACCGCUAAUAACAAGACAUUCUGCAAGAAAGAGUUUGAUCAUGACGAAGUCAUACAACGAAGAAAGUAUGAUGCCAGAGUCCAAGAGCACAAACUGGACGGAUGAAUGUCUGAAUUCCCAAGAGGAACACGACAUGGAAAAUGAAAACGGUGAGCACGAGGAGAUGAGCAAAGAUGGUGAGGACGAGGAUGAGGAGGCGCUCAAUAGAUUGGAAGAUGACGAAGAAGAGGAGGACGAGGAGGAAGAAGAAGGAGACGAACAGAAACCGAAGCGACGUGGACCGAAGAAGAAGAAAAUGACAAAGGCUCGGCUUCAAAGAUUCAAACUGAGGCGCAUGAAGGCUAACGCACGUGAAAGAAAUCGCAUGCACGGACUAAAUGAUGCGCUUGAGAGUUUGCGUAAAGUUGUACCCUGUUACUCUAAAACUCAGAAGCUCUCAAAAAUAGAAACCCUAAGGCUGGCGAAAAACUACAUAUGGGCUCUUUCCGAAAUCCUGAGAUCGGGUAAAAGCCCGGAUUUAAUGUCCUUUGUGCAGGCCCUAUGCAAGGGAUUAUCUCAGCCGACCACUAAUUUGGUAGCAGGCUGCCUCCAGCUGAACCCCAGAACUUUCCUUCCAGAACAGAGCCAGGAAAUACCCUCUCAUAUGCAAACAGCAAGUGCUUCCUUCACUGCCCACCCAUAUUCCUAUCAAACUCCCGGUCUUCCUAGCCCUCCUUAUGGUACAAUGGACAGCUCCCACAUAUUCCACGUCAAGCCGCACUCUUACGGCAGCGCACUAGAACCGUUCUUUGAAAGCGCUCUCACAGACUGCACUAGUCCCUCAUUUGACGGACCACUGAGCCCACCUUUGAGUGUGAAUGGGAACUUCUCUUUUAAGCACGAGCCUUCGUCAGAAUUCGAAAAGAACUAUGCCUUUACCAUGCACUACCCAGCAGCUGGUCUGGCGGGACCGCAGGGUCACGCCUCCCUUUACGCAAGCUCCGCGCAGCGCUGUGAGAUACCGAUGGAGAAUAUUAUGUCAUACGACGGACAUUCUCACCACGAGAGAGUUAUGAACGCUCAACUUAAUGCUAUAUUUCAUGAUUAAUUAAUCCAAUGAAACAUUCAUGAAGACUUUUUUAAAAGCGUCCACGCAUUCGGGUAUCAAUGAUGCAAAAGUGCAAAUAUAUCGCGUUUAAAAUUAUGUAUGUAUUUAUUAUUGUUACUGCCUUUGGGAGAUAUGGGAAUUCAUAUUCCCAUUCACUUUAUGUAUCAUACCCUAUAGCGCUUCUAUAUUAAGGUCACAAUGGAAAAUUGAUGUGGCCACGUUCAGAAUGUGUUGAUCCUAUGAUUCAUAUAACAAAAUCACAAGCAAUAAUUAGGAAACUAUGCAAUUUUUAAUCGAAUAAUGGGCCAAUUAAGAAAAUAAAGAUAUAUAUUUUUUUCAACCAGCAUUUUAGUACUUAUCUAUCCCAUAUCGAAUUAUUUUGUUGUGAUUUUGUACAGAAUUGUUAAUUAACUUUUAUAAGAUCAAUUACAUACUUUAUCCCAUGCAACUCCAUUAAUGUUUUAUAUAGAGGAACCUGUUGUUUAUUAAAAAAAAAAAAAACAAUAAUGAUGUGAAAGUAAUAAUCAAAUUAUUUAACCAGCAAAUUAUUUAACCACUGUUUAGAAAUCAGUUAUGUUGCCUUGGCACUUCUUUACCGUAAAUUCACGCAAGGUUGCACAACACUGACUAAUUCAUUACCCCCAAAACGCUGCGAAACAAAUAAAUAAACAGCAUGACUAUCAUGCACGACUAUCAUCCGGAAGUUUUAUCUCCUCUAGCCUAUUUCUUUGACCCGUUCAUUCCCAAUGCGCUUUAUCUUUACAUUGGUCCAAUGGGUGUGCCCUUAAUCCAAAAUGAUCCCAAAACAGAAAUUAAAGACUGGUCCUUUAAAUUUCAGAUUAAUUUGGGACCUGCGACUGGCCAGAUUAAGCAGAUUCAAUCCCAUGAGAGUUGCUUAGUAGGCUACAUAUAGGAAUGCUCCACAAAUAGCGCAAUAGAUAUUGCAUGUACCACAGUCCCAACAAAGUGCUGUUUAAAGUGUGACACUGGUUCAACUUGAAUAAAUUUGUACUGUACAUUUGUCUGUAAACCUGUAUAGUAUGAUGUAUUGCCACAGUGCAUUGAGGCUUUAUAUUAAACAUCUCCGAUUUAUUUAUGUUUCAGAUAGUAUUGAACUUUUGGUUGCAGUUAUCUUUCAAUGUGAAUUCUUAGUGUAUGUAUUUCCUAUGGGAUUCUUGUUUUUAUUUUUAUUUUGAUAGCUCAUAAAGGCGUAACUUAUUAUUUGUAGAAUAAAGUCCCUUGUUAU